UCUCCUUUCCUCUGCUCCUCUAUAGAGAGACGAAGAUAGAAGUUACAGUAGCUGAGUGAGGUCUCAAUGGAGACAAAUAGCAGCUUGAGAACCCUAAACGCCCUAACUUUAGCACCAUCUUUUAAUUUCCGUUCAAGGCCUUAUCUUUUUCGUCCUUUAAACAUUUCCCAACUCAAGACCAAGUUCCCUUCUUGUUCUUCCCUUUCUUUUCAACGCUUCUUUGCCCUCUGCUCUUUCCGUGAGGAGGGAGGAAGUGGGAGUUCAUUGCCGCAAGGAGCUGGUGAAGCUGUUAAAGAAGUUUCUCGGAAUAAGCUAUUUCAAGUGGUUUUAGUUUCUCCUCAAAUUCCUGGAAACACAGGUUGCAUUGCAAGAACAUGUGCAGCAUCAGCUGUUGGGCUACAUCUUGUUGGGGUUGAUAUUGCCAGUUUUAGUUUGAGUCAAUCUUUCAUUAAGCCAUUAGGAUUUCAAGUGGAUGAUACAAAAUUGAAGCGUGCUGGGUUAGACUAUUGGCCGUAUGUGGUUGUCAAAGUGCACAGCUCAUGGGGAGAGUUUCGAGACUAUUUCAGGCAGCAGGAAGGAGAAAAGCGAUUGCUAGCUUUCACCAAAAGAGGAACGGCGAUACAUUCAGAUUUCUCCUACCAAAAAGGUGAUUACCUUGUUUUUGGCUCAGAAACAAGUGGUCUCCCUCCCGAGGCACUGCUAGAUUGCAAGAGUGAAACAUUUGGUGGUGGGACAAUUCGUAUUCCAAUGGUUGAAACGUACGUCAGAUGUCUAAAUCUCUCAGUAAGUGUCGGUAUUGCUUUAUACGAAGCUGCUAGACAGCUUAACUACCAGCAGCUUCAAAUCCCAUCUGGAACUUGUGUCAAUGGUGAAGAAUCAUUUUUUUCAGGGGACAUUUUUGCUUAAUCCAUUUGUAUCACCAAUUCGUGCCAAAACUCGAAUACUUGAAAGUGAGGAUGUAGUUUUCUGAAGUGAAGAGAUUUAGGGAAUGAAUGGAGUGAAGGGGAAGAUUUAUUUUUCUGUGUUUUCGGAACUUAAAAGAUAUUGAAUUAUUUUUGUUUAAGGUUUUGAGUUUUAUUCUGAA